CUCUCCUGUGUACAUGGAUCUCUAUACAUCACUGUUCACCGCGCUCGCAUUGACCGGACUGGACAAAGGUUCCUUUCUUGUUUGCCAUUACAUGCUACAUUUUAACAGGAUCCUCAUGCCUCCGGUCACACAGCGUAACCUUCACCUCAGGGACGUAACUAUUGGCCUGGCUCGAUGCUCAUGAACGAAGCUUUGGCCAUUUUAUAGGUGGCAGAUGGGUGAAACCAGAAGGAAGGCCGACCUAUUCUACUAAGAAUCCAGCAAACGGAGUCGGAGGGCUGCAUUGAUGGGUGAUGUCCUUCUGCGCUGUGCCGGCACCUCCGCGCAACGUCAGGGACGUCACAUGUCAGGCCUGGCAGCCACUGCAGCUCAUGUAAAGUGGCAUCUGGAGAGGUUCUGGCCACCACUAUCCAAGGGAAUGAGGAGGAUGUGGAUCUGGCAGUCAGCACGGCCCAGAAAGCCUUUGAGAGUUGGAGCAAACUUCCCUGCCAUGUUCGGGCUCGCUACCUGUACAGCAUCGCCCGCACUGUACAGAAACACCAACGGUUAUUGAGCGUGCUGGAAAGUAUGGACAACGGGAAGCCCAUCCGAGAAUCUCGCGACUGUGACCUCCCAUUGGUUGUUCGCCAUUUUUAUCAUCAUGCCGGUUGGGCUCAGCUCAGGGACACGGAAAUGGCAAACUGGAAGCCUCUUGGUGUUGUUGCUGCCAUCGUUCCCUGGAAUUUUCCUCUCAUGUUACUGACGUGGAAGAUAUGUCCUGCUCUGGCCAUGGGAAAUACUGUAGUGUUGAAACCUGCCACUUACACACGGUUAUCCGCACUUCUGCUGGCAGAGAUUUGCGCGGAGGCUGGUCUACCCCCAGGAGUCUUCAAUGUGGUUACCGGUAAUGGAGCUUUUGGGGAAAAACUGGCUGUUCAUCCUGAUGUGGAUAAAGUAGCAUUUACCGGCUCCACCGAGGUUGGACGCAUUUUACGUAGAGCAACAGCUGGCACUGGCAAGAAGUUGUCCCUGGAGCUUGGUGGCAAAUCUCCAUUUAUUGUAUUCGAUACAGCCGACCUGGACAGUGCAGUAGAGGGGAUUGUGGACGCCAUUUGGUUUAAUCAGGGCCAGGUUUGCAGCGCUGGCUCCCGGCUUCUUAUGCAGGAGUCAAUUGCUGAAGAUUUGAUCCACAGACUCAAGCAGAGGAUGUCACACCUGAAGGUUGGGGACAGUCUAGAUAAAUGCAUGGACAUGGGUGCCCUGGUGGAUGAAAGUCAGAAGAAAACAAUCAAUGAGUUUGUGGAAGAGGCGCGUUCAGAAGGGGCAGAGGUUUUCCAGGCUCCUGGCCCACUCCCUAAAAAAGGAUUAUACUACCUGCCAACCCUGAUUACUGGUGUGGACACCACCUCUCGCUGUGUCAGAGAAGAGAUUUUUGGACCUGUCUUGGUUGCAAUGUCUUUCCGCACAGCUAAAGAAUCCAUUGCUCUUGGAAAUAACACCCCAUAUGGAUUGGCAGCAAGUGUCUGGACAGAAAAUCUACCUCUAGCACUGGAAGUUGCUUUAAGCAUCAAGGCUGGCACUGUGUGGAUAAAUGGACACAAUAUGUUUGAUGCAGCCGCUGGGUUUGGUGGAUAUAAAGAGAGUGGAUUUGGUCGUGAUGGCGGAAAGGAGGGCCUCUAUGAAUAUGUAAGACCGUCUUGGGAGAACAGAGCCAAGCCUAAUCCAGGAGAUGUCAACUAUAAAACGUUUGCUGUUUCAUACGGGGCAGAUGUCCCUCCAAUUCCUGGGCAAAAAGACGUCAGUGCAGCUGUUAUUCAGGUCCAUGAUUCUCAAAUCCCAAGUGUGGACAGAACCUACAAGCUAUAUUAUGGCGGAUCACAAAAACGUCCAGAUGGUAUGUACUCACGACCCAUCUUUGGAUCGGAUGGCGCUGUUGUGGCAUAUGUGGCUGAUGGCAGCAGAAAAGAUGUGCGCAAUGCUGUGGAAGCGGCUCACAAAGCAGCUCCUGGGUGGGGCAAGAGAGCAGCACAUAAUCGGGCACAGAUUGUAUACUAUAUGGCGGAAAAUCUUGAGCUGCGGAGGGAAGAGGUAGCCCAACGACUUAGUACUUUGACCGGGCAGUCUAAAGAGAAGGCUUUGCAAGAAGUAGACCUCAGCAUCCAGCGACUCUUUUACUGGGGAGCAUAUUGUGACAAAUAUGGUGGCACUGUACAGGAAACAUUACUUUAUGGUGCCACUGUUCUUGUUCGAGAACCUGUCGGAGUAGUUGGCAUCGCUUGUCCUGAUGAGAGUCCCCUACUAGGUUUUGUGAGCCUCUUUGCUCCAGCAAUUGUUCGUGGAAAUGCUGUGGUGGUUGUGCCAAGUGAAAAGUUCCCUCUGCCGGCCCUAGACUUUUACCAGGUAUUUGACACCUCAGACCUUCCUGGAGGAGUGGUAAACAUACUUACCGGUGGACGGGACCAUUUGUUUAAAUAUCUUGUAGAGCACCAAGAUGUACAAGCCAUCUGGUAUUUUGGAUCUGAACAGGGAUCCAAAUUUAUGGAAUGGUCGUCCGCUGAAAAUUGUAAGAGAACCUGGGUGAACUAUGGGCUCACUAGAGACUGGGAGAACCCCCAGGAGGGAGAAGGAGAAGAGUUCUUGUAUCAUGCCACCCAAUGUAAAAACAUCUGGAUACCCAUGGGGGAAAUAUUUGCAAACUAAUCUGCGUAAGGUCUUAGUGCAGUCAGGGGACCUUGUCUCUUUCUGUACAUUCAGUUCAUACCUCAGUGCAUUUCCAAGGACCAGUAAACCUGAGACAUUUUGUCCCCUUUGUUUAUUAAAGGGGUAUUAUGAAUCUAGAAAAACAUGGCUGCUUUCUUCUAAAAAAUCUUCACUUUUGCCCUAUGGCUAUGUAAAGUACUACUGCUAAGCUCUAUUAAAGGGGUACUCCACUGGAAAACAUAUUUUUUUAAAUCAACUGGUGCCAGAAAGUUGAGCCGAUUUGUAACUUACUUCUAUUUAAAAAUCUUAAUCCUUCCAGAACUUAUCAGCUGCUGUAUGUUCCAGAGGAAGUUCUUUUCUUUUUGAGUUUCUUUUCUGUCUGACCACAGUGCUUUCUGCUGACACCUCUGUCCAUUGUAGGAACUGUCCAGAGCAGGAUAGGUUUGCUGUGGAGAUUUGCUUCUACUCUGGACAGUUCCUGACAUGGACAGAGGUGUAAGCAGAGAUCACUGUGG